UGAAGACGUCAUCUCGUUGUUUAUAUUUAACAUUUCAUCUCACGACAAGAGAUUCUAUCAGAGAUCCUAUCAGAGAAAGCUUCUAUCCUACUACUUACUACAUGUACAUGUCUUAUCCUACUACUUACUACAUUUUUUGCAUGUACUUCUAGUACAUGUACAUGCUUCAUGGACGAGUCACAAAAUGUCGAUGUCCGCGUCGGAGCUUGUGAGUGGGAAUGCAGACUUCCAAAAGCGUCUGGACGAGUACGUUUUCAGUCUGAAGAAACAAAUCGCUCUCGAUGUGAAUAACAAGGCGACGGUGAAGGAAGGCACAUUAGGGGUAGACACUCAGCAUCUGGCGUGGAGUAUUCUGAGUGGAACCUUCUUGGAUUCAAGAGGAAUAUUCAAGAGGGGGGAAACUCAGGGAGCCACUCCAUCGCAGGUACUGAGUGUCUAGCGUUAAGCAUAGGAAAAGACAAGUCGAAGUCCUCUUUAUCUUCUCCCUUGUCUCCAGGGGGUGCCGGAGAAGGUGGAGGUAGUAGUGGAUCAGCCAGUCGGCAGCAUGUUGGACGAGGAGGUGGUGUCAUGGGAGCUACGCGGAAAAAUCUGUUCGAAGCUUCUGCAGAACCGCAUCAACUGAGUGCAGGAUUGGACUACUUGCGAGAGCUUGGCCUGUCCCCACAUGUGGGUGGUAGGGCGUCUGGCCGUGCAACCAGUAGAAGUAGUGCGGCUGGGUCUCCUCUACUAGAUUCUGAGUUGGAAGCGCGCACGAGGGACGAUCUCAAUCGAUGGCAUGCGGCAAAAAACAAGCCGGCGAGCCAAAUUUAAGCAUUUAGAAUGUACAAGUGUUUCAGGAGGAGUUGUUUCGAAUUUGAUUCAAUUUAGAAGCAAGCCACAGCAGAGCAGUUACGCAUCUGUGAAUCAUUACACCUCGUCUCGUGCCAUUCAUCUUCUUUCAACCUGCUUUAAACCUACUUCUUCUAACCUGCUUCCUCAAAGUUGAGUAAUGCGGCGUCCUCUACUCGUCUAGUACCAUUGGAAGAGGACAGCACGGCUCAGAAACCAGCAGGUCGUACUUCGUUUUAUCUCUCCGGAGGAGCACGUGUAGAGGCUGAGGAACGUCUGGCGUUGGAACACGAGAAGCAGUUGGUGAGUCUCAGUCUAGAGGAAACGCAGAAAAAAGUGGUGCACUUUCAGAUAUGGGAAGCUUUUAUUCAUCUCUCAGAGCAUCUCAGAGCAUCUCUUCUCCAAUGAAAUGUGUUGAAAAGCGGAACAAGGGCAUCGAGAUGAGGGAAGGCCAAGUGAGAUGAAUUUAAGCGCACCCGCACUCUAAGUCGAAACGAACUGCGACAGCAGCAACGUGCAAAUGAAGAGCUCAUUGGGACUUUGGAGAGCACGCAACAAGCAAACAAGGAAUUGCAAGGACAGUUGCGAGGCCAGGAACGCCAGAUCGUCAAACUGACGGAUGAGCUAAUCCGGAAAGAUGAGUAUGGCAGGUUGUAGAUUUGCUUGAUCCUCUCGUAUACAACCAACGAAAAAUAAAAACGUAUUACUGCCACAUUUAGUGGCUCUCUUGCUCCUCUCCACCCUUUUUCUUCUUCCACUUCCCUCCGUUCCCCUCUCUUUCUCUCCUCUUUCUCUGUCUUUCCCCCCUUCCUGCUUCUUUCCUCCUCUCCUCCCCCUUAGCUUCAUCUCUUUGAAAAGAGCCGAGAGGGUGAAGAAUCCAAACGGUUGCUGGAUGACGCGACAGAGAGUCAUCAUGAGGAGUUCCGGAGGCUUGAGGGUAAGCUAGAGGAUUUCAGGCGCCGAUCCAACGACCAUAUGGCAGCAUGGCGCUUGCGCAUUCGGAAUCUGCUCAAUGGUGUGCUUGUAAACGUGAGAAGACUGAGUUAAGGAUGAAUGAUUGUGAUUUGUUCAUAGUAGUACAUGAUGGGAUGCUCAGGUAUUUGCGUCUAGGUGUCAUUCGUUCACCAUCACAAGCACUAUUCUCUCCGCUCCAAUGCUUGUUUAUAGUAGUACGUAGUCUCAAGUGUCCUUCAUGAAGUUGAACUACAGGGUGAUUAGUUGUCUCCUGUGUCCAUCUCCAUACGUUGCAGUAGUGGCAGAACCAGAAGUUUACACUCUAACUCUCGUCGGACUACCAUGCGACACGAAACAGUACGAAGGCGCAAAUGGAAAGCUUUUUUCAUGAGAUUUUAGUGCAUGGAAUAGGCCGUUCAAUCUUGUCGGAAGUGAAAUCGCGAAGUCGGAAAUUUGCCGAGAAGGAAACACAAUUGCGAACAAACGUGCGAGACUUGACGAAAGAUUAUGUUCGCGACGUAGUAAUCUACUUCAUAGCUUGAAAUUGAAAUUUCAUCUCUUCAUCAUUUUGAUUUUUGCUGUGCAGCUUGGUAGUGAGUGUAGUUCUUGUAGCAAAUUCAGCAUCUUCUGGAAGCCAUGAACGAACCAAAGAUCCAUAUUCACCUGUUCUAAUUCAAGUUAGAAGAUGAAAAGAAUGCGCGCAGAAAGGAGGUACAGACGUGGAGCCAGCGACACGCACAAUUACUGGCAGAUACGGAUCAAAUCAAGGUACAGCUUCCUGGGAUUUGUAUUAAGGUCCAUGUAUGACUAUGAAUCUACAGAAGGUACUACAGGAUAGUUGACAGGCCUCAACGGCGUCAGGAAGACGCAGAUAAGAGGUUACAUGACAUUGUCAUUGUCUUCAUCAUCUCUGUGUCUCCUUAUUGACUCGUCCAACAUGCGCCUCUGUAACUGUAUGCAUUUUGUGAUGUGUCAACUCUUGAAUACCAACACUUCACCACGCCAGGUAAAGUCCUCCCGUGACGGCAAUGCCGCAGCCGCGCAGAUUAAGAGCCUUGAGGAUGCGUUGAGAGGUGAACGCGAAUUACUCGGGAAAGAACGAAUGUUACGGCUGGGUUUCGAAAGGUGGUAUUUCCUACCUCAAUAUUUAAGUACUUAGUUAUCCCAAGCAGCUAUGACUCUAGUCUUCCUGCUCAAGAUUCAUGUUUUUGUCACCAACUUAAACUUCACCAGUGAGAAUAAUUGCCCGACCAGUCCGCUCUUACUCUCUCUCUCUCCCUCAAGGUAUAGCUACCACUUUGUAACAACCAGCUUCCUCAAUUCUAAUAGAAGAGUUCGAAGGCAUUAUCGAUGAAGGAUUGCGGUACAAGAACGAGGCAGAGGAAAUGAUCCAAAAUGCGAAGCGAAAAUGUGCAGAAUUGACAGAAGAAUGUAAUACUACUACUUAGUGAAGUACUUUUCAUUUCACGCCUAGUCUCUCAGAACAACCAUCUGAUCGUCGUCCUGAUUUGAGAAAUCAUGUCGUUUAUUUGAAAUUCCAGUGUACUAGUCAAUUUGAAACAAUCACCACCGAAAGGUCGCCAGCUCCGUGCCGACACGACUCAGCAAACUGAUAGUGUACACUCGCUUCAUAACCGUCUCCGCGAACAGGAACAGGCGGUUCAUGCGGCCCAACUGACUGCGGAUUUACUAAGGGAGCAAAUUGAGGAUCAGAAAAAGCGAUACGAGGAACAAUUCGAUUUUGAAGUAAAUCGAUUGAAGCGAGAGUUAAGAGCUAAAAGCAAUUACUCGAAAACUGAAAAUAUUACCCGAGUUACUGACUGAAAUACGGGAUCUAGCUUUGACAGGGCUACUCUUCCUUGUUCAGUAUGUCGCUUGUUUUCAGUAGUUACUUGCUUAUUUCAGUUUUUCGAAUAGCUUUGCUUUGCAACUAUGCUGAUAGGUGGCCAUGGUUAAGGACUCAUCACCAGGAAGGAUUCGACCCUUUAUUUGUAUUAUAGUGGCAUAUGAUGUGGCAUUACUUCUUAUCAUUUCUUUGACACUCCUAUUGAAUAGUAACGGAUAACAACUUGAAUUUCUUCAAUCCUGUCUUUCUCUCUCUAACAUACUACGAAGACAAGGUUAUCGCCUUCUCGGAAACUGGACAUGCGAUUGGCACUGACAUGGCGAGAAAUGUUCAGUUGCUGCAGGAUGACAUUCGUCGUCUGAAGGCCGAAAACGAGGCUCUUAGUAUGGACAAGAAGGCAGCUGAUAAUGAUAUGAUUGGGAUUGAGCAUUGUCUAAGGUGUAAGUGGAUCACACUAGCAUCACUUCGUAAAGCUAUAAUUUGUAAUCCAAUGGUGUCUCAUACGACACCAACGAGUGAAUUUCUUUUACUUAUAUGGUCCACAGCUGCCAGUAUCACAGAAAUACUGUCAGACCACGUCUCUACGGUCACCAUGAACGGUGAUAACAGGGACAAUAGCAUGCAAAUUACUUUACUCCAACUUCGAACCUAGUAGUUCCCACACCGACCCCCACGGAAAUUAAUCUGAAGAAUGUCCCUCCUUCUAAUUCAUAUUAUAGUACCUGGAGCAAUGGAACGCAAGGGAUGGAUUUAAGGAGAGGAUCGAAAGUCUGGAGCAAGAGAAGGCGAAAAUUGAGCUUAUGUUUGCUGAGGCUAGGAUCGCCUGGGGCGAGAAGGAAGAGACCUUGCUGAGGGAGUUGGAGAGGGCAGCAGGCAAAGACGUGGAGUUAAUGCAACUGGCUAGAGAUCGACGAGAGGUAGUUCUGUUGAUUUUGAAGUUUGCCUUUUUCUUAUUCUACGACCGUUUUUUACUAAAAUAGAAAAUUGAAUGGUUCCGUCUAAAUUGCAGUGCAUUCUUCCAUACAACUUGUGUAAGACGCUGAUCAAUCCAUCUUAUCCCUACAGCUCGAGUUGAUUUCGCAGACAAAGGAACAAGCACUUGCGGAUAAGACUGGCCAACUGAGGCAGGAUUUAGAGCUUCUAGAAAGCGAAUUUAGAGAAGAGCUCGCUCAAAAAACCAAGGAGUCGAGGGAAAAUCGCGAAGAAGCUAAAGUUAAGGACUGAGCCUGACGAGGAUAGUUGUGUGACAUUCUAGUAAUUCUACUAUUUUCAUCCACCUUGCAAUAGAAGUACAUGUAGAGAACUCUCUUCAAACCUCUCUCUUAUAGCAUUAGAAAACCUCUAACCGCCUCUUGCGCCAACAAUUGGACAGCGAAAAAGAACAAACUCACCGACUUGAACUUGAGAAAAGCGAGAAGGCGGAAAAGUGUAAGAUAUUGGAGGAAAAUGUAAUGUAUGAGCGUGGAGAAAGGGAACGAGGGAGACGCGAAUACGAAAAUUGGAGGUCAGAUUAAGGCUCUCGUGAGAUGGGGAUUACUUCUUGUAGAGUAGUUGUCACCUUUUUAAUCCAUUUUUCAAACAAACUAGAUCGAUUGACUAGAUGGAAGAAAUCCUCAGGGACAUCUGCUUAGGGAGCUUGCCGAUUAGAUUCAAAUCAUCAACUCACAGCCACAGUUCAAAACCAAAAGUGAGAAAAAGAACAAACAUCUCGUAAACUACAACCAAAGACCUCGCGUCACCGCCUGCUUGCUUCUAACAAAAGCAUCAAGAGCAAGUUCGUGAGUUGCGUUUAAACUACGAAACCGCCUUGGCCGAGUACAGUGAAGAAAAUGCUGCUUUGAAAAAAAAGGUUGCGGAAUUGUCUGGCGAAAUUUCGAAGGUUGCUUCGUCCAAAGACCGGGAUAAUGCGAGUUUGUAUUCUUAAGAUCAUGUACGAACGUUGCGUUUUAACCUUGAUGAGGUAGAAACAGAUUCAGAAAGUAUCGGCAACAACCUUCCCUCUCUUAAUAUUUUUUCUAGUUGAAGACGCACAUUAUAAGAAUAUAUUAUACAACGGAAGUUGCAACUUUUCCCUUCUAAUUCCCCCUAGUAGAAGACGCGCGUAAAAAUCUGGCGACGUUGCAGAACGAACAACAAAAGGACACCAAGGAGCUAGAAAAGCUUCGCAGGAAGUAUCAAGAGGACACUAGCGAAUUAAGAUUCGCAUUGGAUAGAGUCGAAAGGGAGAAGCAGGUGGCACGCAAUGAGUGCGAGGGUGAACGCGCAAGAUUCGAACGUGAGGUUGCUAUUCGAACAGAGACACUCCAAACACGUGCCGAGCAAGAAGUGAAGCGCGCAAAAGCGGAAUAUGCCAACUGUCUACAAGAUGCGGAGAAGAGAUUUCAACAAAGUUUGCAGAGAGAGAAGUCCAAAUUCGCUGAAGCCUUGGCCGAGGAAAAGGUGAGGGCGAAUCGCGAGCGUCGAAAUGCCUUGGACAGAGGUGGCGGAAGUGUUUUAUGACAGUUUGCUGCAUUUGUAAUAGCUCUUUCCUUCUAUGUGUCGUGAAACUGAGUUUAUUUGUCACAAUAAAACUCAGCUAUUUGUCAGACAUGUGAAACUGAGUUUAUUUGUCACAAAUUAUAGAGGUUGAAGUACAAGUACUUGAUGACGAUGGUGAACACCACAUGAUCUACUGGAAUUCAAGUCCUAGUACCAUUCUCUUUUCAUACUCAGCAGUAGAGAGCCUAGCGUUUCGAGGUGGGAGGAGCCAAAUGAGAGGAGAAAGUCCUGCAGCACCUAAGGCAGUCGAUGACUCCGGAUUGCUGACGUGAGUCUCAUUCGAUUUAAUAGAAGUUAGUACUGGUUGUACCUGUACAUCAUAGAUUUCAGUUCCUUCACGCCAUUGCGUGAUAGAAAGUUACUUGGAAGUACUACUACAGUGGAAACCUCCGUAUCAAGAAGUUUUGGUAAACACCGAUCGUUUUUGCAACAGAAAGUAUUGGCGCAAUUCUCUCCACCAUUUUGUAACUACAUGCACUCGUGAAGUGGGAAUAUAAUAAGCGAAAAAUAUGUACUAGUACUCGUACGUUGCCUAGAGGCGCUCGUCGUUUAGUAGAGGUGAACACUCACUGUCUAGAACUGGUGAAAACUCGUUAGGAACCUGUUGUAUGCUAUAUCCGUCCAGAUCCAAAGCCAGAGAAUCAAAUGUCGAACUUUUUUCUGCGAACAAGCACAAUAGACGUGUCAAAAGAUUGUCAUUAUGUUUCAUAGCACCGACAACGAUUUCGGAAGCCAUUCCUCCGGUAAUACACAACGAGGGGAUCAGGGACGUACACAUGACAUCGUAGAUGUUGUGGAUGGCAG